AAAGACUUCCUAGGUCCCGGUUACAAGAAGCGCUUCCGGCAGCCUUGGGCCGCUGAUCCGUACACCAGCCUUCGGGGCCUGAAGGCAUCCUAGCCGCGGGCCCCUGGAGGCGAUCCGCAGCCCCGCCGCGCUCCCACGACGCGCCAGUGAACGGUGGCGCCUUCUGGCCUCCGUCCGGGACCAGACCUCCUUGUCUCCCAGCUGCCCCGGCCAUCCGGCGACUGACUCCAGGACCCUGCGGUCUGUGCCUGCGCCGGGCCGAGGAGCUCCCGAGGCAUGGGGCAUUCAUUCCUUGGGCUUGGUGCCUGUUCUUCGUACUUCUUUCGGGGGAACAUCAUUAUUCCUACAGUUGCUGACACUGACAUUUUUCUAAGUGAUCUUAAACAGCCUACUUUUUAUGUAAAUAACGACUAGACUUCAUAUCUUUCACUUCAGAAACCUAUAAGCUAUAGCUGCCAGAGAGUUAAAAACACUACUUUUAGGAUAUCAUCUACAUUUAACUUGAAAGCUUUUCUUAUUUAAAAAUGUUGAGAUACUGGGGAGAGAUACCAAUCUCAUCAAGCCAGACCAACAGAAGUUCCUUUGAUUUGCUGCCACGGGAGUUCCGUCUGGUGGAAGUCCAUGACCCACCCCUGCACCAACCCUCAGCCAACAAGCCCAAGCCCCCUACGAUGCUGGAUAUCCCCUCAGAGCCAUGCAGCCUCACCAUCCAUACCAUUCAGCUAAUCCAGCACAACCGACGUCUGCGCAACCUCAUUGCUACAGCUCAGGCCCAGAAUCAGCAACAGACGGAGGGUGUAAAGACUGAAGAGAGCGAACCUCUUCCCUCUUGCCCUGGGUCACCUCCUCUUCCUGAUGACCUCCUGCCUUUAGAUUGUAAGAAUCCCAAUGCACCAUUCCAGAUUCGGCACAGUGACCCGGAAAGUGACUUUUAUCGUGGGAAAGGGGAACCUGUGACCGAACUCAGCUGGCACUCCUGCCGGCAGCUCCUCUACCAGGCAGUGGCCACCAUCCUGGCCCAUGCAGGCUUUGAGUGUGCAAAUGAAAGCGUCCUGGAGACCCUGACUGAUGUGGCACAUGAGUACUGCCUUAAGUUCACCAAGUUGCUACGCUUUGCUGUGGAUCGGGAGGCCCGACUGGGGCAGACCCCUUUUCCUGACGUCAUGGAGCAGGUAUUCCAUGAAGUGGGCAUUGGCAGUGUGCUCUCCCUCCAGAAGUUCUGGCAGCACCGCAUCAAGGACUAUCACAGCUACAUGCUACAGAUUAGUAAGCAACUUUCUGAAGAAUAUGAAAGGAUUGUCAAUCCUGAGAAGGCCACAGAGGACACGAAACCUGUAAAGAUCAAGGAGGAACCUGUGAGUGACAUCACCUUCCCCGUCAGUGAGGAGCUGGAGGCUGACCUUGCUUCUGGAGACCAGUCCCUGCCCAUGGGAGUCCUCGGGGCUCAGAGUGAGCGCUUCCCAUCUAACCUGGAGGUUGAGGCUUCACCGCAGGCUUCAAGUACAGAGGUAAAUGCUUCCCCACUUUGGAAUCUGGCCCACGUGAAAAUGGAGCCUCAAGAGAGUGAAGAAGGCAAUGUCUCUGGGCACGGUGUGCUGGGCAGCGAUGUCUUCGAGGAGCCCAUGUCAGGCAUGAGUGAAGCUGGAAUCCCCCAGAGCCCCGAUGACUCGGACAGCAGCUACGGCUCCCACUCCACUGAUAGCCUCAUGGGGUCCUCCCCUGUUUUCAACCAGCGCUGCAAGAAGAGGAUUAGGAAAAUAUAAAAGGAAAAGAGAUUUUCUGUCCAAACCUACAAACCCAAUAGAAAACCUGAUAUAUUCAAAUUUGUUUCCAUAGUGAUUUGACUCUUAAACACAGUGGAUUUUCCUGAUUUCAGUGAAACUGGACUUAACCAAACAAGUUUGCAUAUUACUUUUGCAUUCAGUUUUUGUAAUUUUCCACAAUAACCAAGCCACAUUUUACAGGUAUGUCAUGAUGCUGGGGUGGUAAUCAGAUCAAAGCACUGUCUUUGACAGCUGUCCUUGUCACUAGACUAAUUGCUUAGCUUCUCUAAGGCCAUUUCUCUUGCACAACUGAGAAUUUUACCACUUUGACCCAUGUUGCAGGGUUGCUGUGAAGACUAAGAUGCUAUUAAACCUCCAAGUUGUGCUUGAAUAAGACUCACAAGUAAAUGUAUGCCUGUAUCAGGUGUCAAUUUUUUUAAUUUAAUUUACUUCAUUUUUGGUUGUCAUUGUGAAUCCAGUACUAACACCUAGCAAGAAAUCACUAACCUCUGCACAACUUAUCCAUCGGAGUCUUUUUAAAACUUUUGUUGCCCAUGAAGUCUCAUAAAAUCAGGUCUGUGUAACACAGCCUUUUUGCUUAUUCAGACAGCCCUCUCCUAUCUCAUCCAUAGAUUUUCUUCUUGCUUCUUUAGAUUUGUUCCAUCUAUUCUCAUCCUAGUCUUUAUUUCCACUAAGAUUUUUUAAAUAUUUUCUCUAUGUACAUUUAUUCAGUUGCCUCUUUCAUUUUCUCCUUUGUGAAUAAAACAAUCAGGAACUGUCCAAA